CCUCAAAGGACAUGUGAUCACACAGGCUUUGAAAUUAUUUGGGGGACCUAAUCCAGAAACUGGUCGGCAGCAGCUGGAUUCUGCUCCUCGGCCCCUUGGAAUUGCUAGGAGAUGAGCACCUCCAUUAAUUAUAAGUCUUUUUCCAAAGAACAGCAAACUAUGGAUAACUUAGAGAAGCAACUUAUUUGCCCCAUAUGUUUAGAGAUGUUUACAAAGCCGGUGGUUAUCCUGCCCUGCCAGCACAACCUCUGCAGAAAAUGUGCCAGUGAUAUCUUCCAGGCCUCAAACCCAUAUCUGCCAACCAGAGGAGGCACCACUGUAGCAUCGGGAGGUCGGUUCCGCUGUCCCUCUUGCAGACACGAAGUGGUUCUAGACAGACAUGGUGUCUAUGGUCUUCAAAGGAACCUUUUGGUGGAAAAUAUAAUUGAUAUAUACAAGCAGGAAUCUACCAGACCUGAAAGAAAGACUGAACAGCCAAUGUGUGAAGAACAUGAAGAUGAGAAAAUUAAUAUUUACUGCCUGAGUUGUGAAGUACCCACAUGUUCAAUGUGCAAAGUUUUUGGUGCUCACAAAGAUUGCCAGGUUGCGCCUCUCACAAAUGUUUUCCAAAGACAAAAGUCUGAUCUCAGUGAUGGUAUUGCAGUAUUAGUGGGAAAUAAUGACAGAAUGCAAGGAAUUGUAAGUCAAUUGGAGGAAACAUGUAAAACUGUUGAGGAGUGCUGCAAAAGACAGAAGGAGCAAUUGUGUGAAAAAUUUGAUUAUUUGUAUGCCAUACUAGAGGAAAGAAAAAGUGAGAUGACGCAAAUAAUCACUCGUAGUCAAGAGGAGAAAUUGGAAUAUGUUCGGUCUCUGAUUAAAAAGCAUGCAGACCAUUUGGAAGCCAUAUCCAAACUGGUGGAAUCAGGCAUCCAGUUCAUGGAAGAACCAGAGAUGGCUGUAUUUUUACAGAAUGCCAAAGCAUUGCUACAAAAAAUUACUGAAGCCUCUCAAGCAUUUCAGAUGGAAAAAAUAGAGCCUGGCUAUGAAAGCAUGAGCCGCUUCACAGUCAACCUCAACAGAGAAGAAAAGAUAAUACGAGAAAUUGAUUUCUACAGAGAAGAAGAAGAGGAUGAAGAGGAUGCUGUUGAAGGUGAAGAAUUGGAUGAAGUCCACACAGAAUCAUCUGGUGAAGAUGAAGUAACUGAACUGCCAUCUAAGCAGCCCCAACAGAAUACUCCGGCAAAGGACACGCUGACUAUAUCUCAGACUAACACAGCACCAUCAUCGCCACCUUCACCAUCAGAUGCUGCCACCACUGCACCUAAUCAAGGUGACGUUGUGCUAGUUACUACUCAACAGCCUGCUGAAACAGAAGCUGAUAUGCAAUCAAGUGGAGAGACAACGGAUCCAUUGUUUUAUCCUAGCUGGUAUAAGGCUCAGCCACGACAAACAAGCAAUCCAAAUACAGUCCCAGUGGCCGAAACAAGCAAUUCAAAUACAGUCCCUGUGACUGAAACAGGCAAUUUGAAUACAGUCCCAGUGACCGAAAACAGGCAGGUAGGGCCUUCUGUUCCUGUAGAGGUGAAUGUAAAGAAGUCAGAGACAGCUACAGCCAAUGGGAGCUCUGCUGUGAGUGGUAAGGAAGCAAAUACACCCACAGCUACUUCGCAGACUGGGUCUGACCCAUCUCCUCAAGGACAAGGGCAGCUGGGGAGCAGUGCAAGAGCAGAAGAACCCGCCCGCCAUGUCUUCUCUUUCUCCUGGUUGAAUUCAUUGAAUGAAUAAUAACUCUUGAUCCAGCUGAUUUCUGGAAUACAUUCUGAAGAAUUCACGGGCACCAAAUGACUUGGAUGGAAGUGACAAGACAUAGUAUGGAUGGAGGAUCAGAUUUUUAUCUGCAGAACUUUGUUAGAAAACUUUCAGACUGGAUAUGACUCUGAGUUCUUUGGAGCCAAUUUGAGAAAGGCACAAGAUGGGAAGGGGGGAGGGAACAUACGAGCUGAUAGCUGCAAAUUAAGUAGUUGAAGGUAACGUCAGAGAUCAAAUAACUUUUAUGGCUUGAAAAAGUCUGAGUCGCAAAUAGAUGCUGAAUCCAUGUAACAAAGCUUUGCGGAUAAUAGUCCGAGAUGCAACUGAGCUACCCCAUAAUAGUAUUAGUUCUCACAUGAACUGAUCCUGAGUGUUCUUGAACAAAAUAAUUUUUAGAAAGAAGUGUCUUGAAUAUAAACACUCAGUUAUUGCAAGCGUUAAGCACACAUUAUACAUGUUCACAAAUGUCUUGGAAAUCCUUAUAUUCCUAUAUAAGUGCUUUAGUAAUAUUGUUAGGAGUGUCCUCUUUACUGGCAUUAUUGUUAAUAAAAAUUAAGGCUUCUUGUUUAGG